AUGGCUAUACGAAAUCCAAGAUUACCGUUAUUGCCCGGAUAUGGAAUGAAUCCACUGAUCGGAAAGAAAAAUUUCGGAGUUCGGCCAAUUUUCACUACUAUUGAUAAUGUAAAUAUGUUAAUCGAUAAAUCCGAAGAUGUCAACCGCGUUCCUUCUCUUUAUUCUAGGAAGCAAACACCAGAACUUCCCUCUUGGAUCAUGUAUGAUAAGCAUAUAUUACGGUUUCAAGGAUAUUUCCAACAAAGUCUCCAUGAGAUGCGCUCAGCGUCUCACAUCGUUCGCAAGGUGGAUAUUUUCUUCUUUCUUGAAGAUGGUACUAUAAAAGUAAUAGAGCCUAAAACGGACAACAGUGGACUGUCACAAGGAACAUUGAUUAGUCGUCAAAGAAUAAGACUUCCUCAGAGCUAUGAUUUGUACUACGAUGUUCUUGAUCUUAAUAUUGGUAAGGAAGUCAUGUUUUACGGGAAAGUAUUUAAGAUUGUUAAUUGCGACAAUUUCACAAGAGUAUUUUUAAACCGCCUCGGAAUAAAUGUGCCAGAUCCCAUUCCAUGGCCUGAUACAGUCGACAGAAUCCAUAAAUCUGGUAAAAAACCAAAACCCAAACCAUUUAGACAGUUUUUGGAUUACGAUAGACAGGUUUUGCGAUUCUUUGGAUAUUGGGAUGAUCGAGAUACGGAAUUUGGUACAGUGCAUCAUCUAGAGAUACAUUAUUUCCUUGCUGAUGAUACAAUGGAAAUAAAAGAAAUACUUCCACCAAAUUCUGGCAUCGAGGCUGGUCCAAUGUUUUUAAAGAGGAUGCGUUUGCCAAGGAAAGUUCCACCACAUGUAGAGAUGACUGGCGGCCCUCAAACACAAUCCUACACUCCGGCUGAUCUUAGUAUUGGGGCUGUGAUCAACGUAUUUGGACGUAAAGUAGUUCUUACCGACUGUGAUCCAUUUACUAAGGAAUACUAUCGUGUAACUUAUGGAUUUGACAACUUUGCACCGCUGGAAGUACCUGUAGACAAAAACACAGAGUGCUUUCGCGAGAAUAUGGCUGAGCGAGAACUGCCUCCUUGGAAUGGUUAUGGAUCAUAUGACGAUUCCGCGGAAAACUGCAAAACUGUGGAGCCAAAGGCACCGCAUCGUGACUUUAUGAAAUUUAUACAUAAAGAUAGAGUUGGCUUUGAUUCACACAUAUUACGCUUUGCUGCGCGCCUUAUCAAUGACAAUCCCGAAGAUGCUCGAAGAUACUUUGUUGUAAAAUAUUUUCUUUGUGAUGACACUAUCGGUGUGUUUGAGUUGGGGGAGAGAAAUUCCGGAUUUACGGGUGGCACAUUUUUUCGUCGUGAGAAAACGUAUUUACCAGACGUGGACUUUUUCGUAUCUAAAGAGCCUCCGACAUACACAGACAAAGAUAUGUGGAUUGGGAAUGAGCUGGUCAUCAACAAACAUCGGUUUCGUCUUAUUGCUGCUGAUGAAUACGCCUUGCGGUACAUGGAACUUCAUGCGGACGAGUAUCCGAUGUCCAAUGUAGCCCUGAUAAUGGAUAAGAUAAGACGGACGUUAGCUUCGCAAGAAAAUGGCUACAAGAACUUUGUUGCUAAAUAUAUGGAAGCUGUCCUACCUGAUAAAAAGGAACUGAUGUCUGUUCGAUGCUUCAAGCAGGCAUUAAAAGAAAUUAUGUGUGAAAAGAUGACAGAACAUGAAUUUUUAACUCUUAUAAGACACUUUCGAGGUGAUCCUGGACAAGACAAAAGUCCACGACGAGAAAUGAUAAGGUCCCUGGUGUUUACGGAGUUGACACGAGGGCUGUGGGACGAUCGCGAAAGACUUCGCGAAGGUUUGUUGCAUGCAGAUGAAACAGGGCUAGGAACAUUGCCCAAAUCGCGUCUGAGACUAAUUCUGCGUGCAAAUCGUCUGUCUAUAAACACUGAUCUCAUGGAUUGCAUGUUGGAUGUGUUAAAGAAAGAUGAAAACUGUAACAUAUACUACGAAGAUUUGAUGGAAUUCCUGGACUUUCAAACACGGCCCGUGUUCAAUUUAAGCGAGGCUGACUAUACUAAACUUGUGCGUCAUGCUCCACCGUUGAAGGACGUGGAGUGCAAAUUCUGGGCUGAUCAAGAUACUUUUAUUAAGGAAGGCUACGUAAACUGGAAUGCUUUCCUAUGUCAGUUGAAUUUGGAACAUCUCGUCAAAGCUCAGUCAUAA